CAACUGCGGAACAGCUGAUUGCUGAAAGUGGCGACGAGAGGAAAAUCCGCAUCAAUUGGGAGGUUACGGGGAAGUAUGCGGGAAAGAAGGGUCGAGCAAUAGUCGCGUCGCGGUCCGAACGGCACUUGACUUAAACAGCUUGGAUAUUAACAGGGAAAUACGGACAGCGAGUACUGCAUCUUCAAAUGUGACAGAUGUUUGCUGUGAGAGAUGUCACAGAUUGAUAUUCAGGAUUUGUUUAACAAAAGCAGGUUUCCCAGCGGUCGGAGUCUCCUACUCGUAGCCUUGUACUCGCCGAUAGGACUCGUGUGCGUGUCGCUGCGGCUGCUGGUGGUGUUGCUGCUCUGGCUGCUGGCGUCGCUGGUACCCGACUGCAAUUCCCUCCGGGCGUUUCUAAGCUACGGCAUCAGGUUCGCCUUCGGCAUCGCAGUUAAGAUCGACGCCGAGAGCAAGCGCAGGGACAAGCAGUCGAGGGUGAUAAUCGCCAACAAUGUGUCCGUUCUGGAUCACGUUGCUCUGCGCCGCGCGACGGAGACGCUGAUCCCCAGCGUCUGGGAGCUGCCCGCGGCCCUGAGCAACGCGCUCGGAUUACAGAGGAUGAACAUGAGCAGCAAGGAGACGCUGAUCGCCAACAUAAGACAAUUCCUCUCCACGUCCACGUACAGCGUGGCGGUGCAGCCCGAGCUCGGCACGACCAACAACCGGGUCGCCCUGUUAAAGUUCAAUUCCUGGCCGUUCAGCAUAGAGACGUCGGUCCAGCCAGUCGUCAUCAGAGCGUCGAGACCGGAGCUCGUCCCUGUGCACCUCACCUCGCUGGCCUCGACGUGGUGGACGGAAGUAUUUUGGUUCAUGUUCGUACCCUACACCAUUUUCACACUCAAGUACCUGAAAAUCAGACGGAACGCCGACCACGAGAUACUCGUGCGACAAGUGGAGAGGGACAUCGCGGACGCCCUCGGGCUGCAGACGUGCUCGCACACCGUGUCGGACAAGACGGAGUACGAGAAGCGUCACCGCAUGAGAAUAGUCAGUAACGCGCGAAGCUCCAACAACCGGAACACGCCAAAUUCCCAAGUAAUACAUAGUAUAGAGAUACAGAGGAUGGCUCGCCAAGUCAGCGAAGUACUUCCAUUGGUCCCACACAAUGUGAUUCUGCGAGAUCUCAUGAAAACUCGAAACGUCGAUGUCACGAUCGCCAAUAUUCUCGACGGCAUAGUUACUUACACUCCGGAGCCCAAUCCGCCAGCUCAAUCGUCCGUAACGUCGUCCAGCGGAUCUUCAAGUUCUGCAAAGGACAACGUAUUGGGUACCACUUCCUUCCAAGAGAAGAAAGCUAAAAUGAUACAGGAGGCCAGAGAAAGGUAUAUUAAGAAACAUGGACUGACAAAUUGCUGACAUUCUUACUGCUGUUUUAUUCUGGUUAUAACACUGUCAUUAUAAUAACAUCUAUAUAACAUGUUCUACUGUUCAUGUAUUAUAUUUACUAUUACUUCAUGUGAAUACAUCUUUAUUUCUAAAAUACGAUCACAUGUAAUUGUACAAAUAUCCUAUCCAAUGUAUUCAUAAGCAAUACUUGGCAAGAACGUUGUUUUAUGUAAUGCAAUUGUGCAUUGUAUAGUGCAGUUGUCGAUUAUAAUGGAAUUACACGUUGAGCAGCAGGGAGAGUAAGACUUUUAUAUCGAAUUAUCAAUUAUUUCAUUGUAGAUAAACGAAACGUCAUAGGUACACGCCAUACUUUCUUGACUGUACAUACGAGAGGCCAAAAGAAUUUGUACUAUUUUCGAUGUAAAAAGAUUUAUAUUAAUUUUAUAAACAUUAUUUAUAUAAUAUAUAAUAUAUAUAAUAUAUAAACAUUGUAAUCUCACACUUAUAAUUUUGAAAUCACGAACAAAAGUUACAUGAUUUUGUUCAAGCGUGCAAUAUAACGCAAUUGUUUUUUUAAUGGAACUUUUUCAAGUCACAAAAGAGUAUGUUAGACAAAAGGACUUGUUAAAACAAUUACGUGAGCGAAGAAAAGUAUGGGAUACCUAUGUAACAGCCUAUAGACUUAAAAUCUAUAUAAUUAUAUGAUUUGUAUAUAUCUAUAAAUCUCAUAUUAUUCCUAUAUAUACUGUCUAACAUUCUCCAUGGAGUUCCUCUCGUAAUUCCGAGUAAUUACGUUGUACAAUUAAACCAUAUAAUAUCUCUAUAUAA